AACCACAUGUAUAUUUAGGUUACCAAAAAGUGCAUGAUCUGUGAAACGAGGGGGGCAGAAUUUCAUCAAAGCGUUGCAUGUUGUGCAUGUAUGUUUCAUGUAAUCUCAGCAAAUGGACUGAUAUAAAAGGCAAAAAUAAUAGAAACAGAGGAGAAAAAGACAGAUAAAGAAAAGCAUUACAUCAUUGCCUAUUGGAGUGGGUAGCAAGGCCUCAGAGAGCCGUGUUUCAGCCUCUUAUCAGCCCACAACUUAUUAUUUUGGGAGGAAGCUUUUACAGCUCGGGUUUAUAGCCCUCUCUCCCUCCAAAUGGGGCCGUGACUGUGCGUGAUGACCUCACCCUGUUUCUACUAAACUCUCCCUAACUCCUCUCCUUCCUCCCCCCAGCUUUCUCACAGUCUGUGCAGGAAUCAGGAUUUGCAGGAGUCACAUUCUCCACUGUUCCUAAAGCUCUUCUAUUGGGACCGCCUCACUUAGUUGACUGUCAAGAGAUAUUACACGUGUGUCAUUGAUUUCUUUUCAUCUCUAAGGAUUUUUUUAAGGAUGUUUUUCAGUUAUAUGGAUGUUUGUUCUUCUCCAGUGCAGUUACAUGUAUAAAGCAAGAGGAGCAAUGAAGAGGAUACAACCUUUCACCAUCGGGACCAAGUUAUCUGUUCCCACUGAGACGAAAUGUCCGGAUUACAUAGGCACCAUCCUUCCUGUGCCGGCUGUGGAUUGCUGUGAACUGAGAAACGGGUCAAACAAUGAAAUUUCUCCUCUAGGUAAAGAGAGAGCGCCCACACCCCACAAUUCUGCACCUAUGGAAGAACUUUCCGAGGAGGAUAUUAGGGAAGAAGAAGGGGACUCUGGUUCUCCAUCAGCUUCUUCUAGAUCUAUCAGGAAGAUUGCUAUGUGUGGGAAUGCCGAGAGCCAAAUGAACUGUCAUGUCUCUAACUGUAAUACAAUUCACUAUGAGACAAACAAAACAAACACAUCCACGGAAAAGCUGUUGGCUGUUGAGGAAAGAUUGAGUGACAGGUCUGCUUCACAGAUGGAGACUGAUCCACGGACUACAAGAGGAAUGAAGAUGAAGAAUCUUCACAAUGAUUAUAGAACGCCUGCAUUUCCACAUGAUCAACCGGAUGAUGCAUCUCACAAUCAGAGGAGAGACCUUAAAGACUUUGAGAACUCUCUCAUUCGAUUGACGACAAGUCUGGACCUGUCACAGAAGGAACCAGAAAUGCCUCUUCAGAAGAAGACAGAGGCUGGAGAUUUUGGAUUAGAGGGAAUGCUUAGGAGAAGACCAAACCCAGGGGACCACAUUGACAAAUCGUGGGUGAAACUGAGGUCACUUUUAAAGGACUAUCAUCAGGAUCUCAUACUGGCCCUAGAGGUCUCAUCAUUUUACCAACAAGCUGACAACAUCCUCAGCGCCAUCAACUACAAGAAGAGUAGUGUAUUAAUGACGGAUAUUUACAAAAGCAGUCAAGACAAGGAGACCAAUGAAAUUGCCUGUCAGAUCAACAUGCUGAACGAGUCUGUGUCUCGCCUGUCAAAUAUCCACCCAACCCUGGCCAGAAGAGUUACAUUUAAACAGGCCGAGGUGAAGGAGAACUGGGCAUUUCUCCAGGAGUUUCUACGGAAUCAGAAGACAGAUGUGUGUACCAAACGACAGUCAUCUUCACCCACCGAUCCUCUCACCGCAUGCCCUGACUCACAAAGCUUUGCUAGAAAUGAGGGUCAUAGCGUAAUGGGAAAAGACGUCAAGGAGGAGCAGAACCGUCUCAGAGGAUUUGAGUGUUCUCAAGGGAUGUGGGCCCAUAGGAUGUGGAGUCCGACUGAGGAAUGUUCUGUUGGGAGUCGCGGCUCGCUGUCGGAGAGCAGCUGUUCCAAGCUGGACAGCGUCGAGAAACUGGACAUAGACAGGAGCUGUUUUACCCAGAUGCCUGAAACAAUGCUUAAUCCGUCUAAUAAACAUCUCGUAACCUGCAAGAUGUCAAGCGAGUUGACAGCAUCCAGUGAAAAUGCUCAUCUGUGUUUGAAAGACAACACUGUGAGCGACAUAGAAGAGAGUGACUUCUCAAAGCAUAGUCCAGAUCACAAAAUAGAGGAACUCCUGAGUCAGGUGGAGAUCCUCUGGGAGGCUCUGCAGAAGAAAUAUGGAGAGAAUGAUGAAAGUAAACCAGCUGAAAAAGAACCUGCUGGAAAUAAGCCUGAUCAGAUGACAUCAGAUUUCCCACUUUCUAACCAGCUCCCAGAAAGUGUAGAAGAGGGAAAUUCUGGGAUGCUUGCAAAGUUUCUUGAACUUCUGGAUCCCAGUGGUUAUCAAAAAAUGAGUCAGGAUGCUACUAAAAUGCAUGAUAGUCCAGAAAGAGCUGAUGCAUCAGAAAUGUCAUUGGAUCAGCUGGGUGGCCAAAAUGAUGGAGAAAGAUCACCAAAGUUUCACCAAACCACAGAGGAGCUACAGAUUUUGCUGUCUACUCUGACACUACGUAUAAACCAGCAUCUUUCCCGCUGUGCUGAGCUUAGUAUGGAUCUCCUGGACAUAGAGACAGACAUGACGGUGCUUUGUGACCCAGAACUGAGUGAACUCGAUGGACUACAUGAACAACAAGAUGAUCUAGAGGCUCAUUAUAACAUCAUUGAGGGAGAGGUGAACGAGAUGGAGAGACUAGCCGGUCAACCACAGAUUCUGUCCCCAGAACUGAGAGAUCCUCUCAGGGAAGAUGUUCAGUCGAUCCUGCAGGCUUGGGAGGAAGUAGGCCGCAACAUGGCCGAGAACAGAGGUCGCCUGGAGAAGUUUCAUCAGAUUCAGGACUACUUCGAAAAAUAUCUUGCCAUGAUUACCUGGACUGAAAACAGCAGAUCCUGUAUUCUCGCUGGCAGCUCUGCUUGGAAAGAGAGUGAAGUUACCGAGAUUGAUCGCAGUAUUGAAACCAAGCUGGAUGAGUUCAACAAACUGGCUACAGCUGGUCAAAUGCUUGUGCGAGAAGAGAGUCGGUUUGAAAACAUCAUCAAGGAGAGGACAGAUGAGCUGCAAAGCAUGCUGGGAUGGAUCCAGGUCAACUGGCGUGCCCAGAGAGAACAGCUUAAAGGAGACCAGAAUGUGAGACGAGAGGAGAAAAAUGAUGCUGUGCAGCCGGAGGUUUCUGCCGUCGCUCUCAAAAAACUCCCAUCUGAUAAUCUGUGCAUUGCAAACACAGACAGCACAGGCAGUUCGAUUAAAACACAGCCCUGUCAAAACAAUUUAGAGGAACAGAGGAAGCAUGACGUGUCCAGUGUUGCUGACCAGGAGUCCUGUCUUUCGAAAACAUCCCUUGGAUCUAGCAUCUGCCUCAUUUUGAGCUUUGAUGAGCAGUCUUCAGGCAUCAACCAAGUGACCAAACAAUGGUCACCCAACAAUAAUGACGCCCAGGACAUUCAGGUGUAUAGUGAACAAGAUGGCAACAGUCAAUCGCACAUGCAAGAGUCUCUGGAAAUGCUUCAAGUGAAAUCUUCCGGAAAAGAACCGGAACCGAAGUCACCUUGUGGGAAUUUCACCCAAUCGCUACUUAACAACCAGGAACAACCAGUGCCAAACAAAGAAAAAGUAUCCAGUGAUUUAUUUUCAAGCGACAUUCAAAGUUCAUCUUGCAACGACUUAGCAACUUUCCAACUCUCAUUGGACUCCGAGCGGAUGCAAAUGCCGGAGCUAUCAGUCGUGCAUCAUCAAAACCAAAAACUUUCAAGCUCCAUGCAGUCAUCUCACAUAAAUCUACAAACCAAUCAACAGUCGACAUCAGAAAAAAACGUCCACCUGUGGAAUGAGGUGCCAGCUGAAGUCACUCAUAGAGUGUUCACGUAUUUGCAUGUGUCAGAUAGCUACAAAUCUGCAGAUCGAGCCUCGGAGGCAAAGGCAGAUUCACCCCCACUGCAUGCAACCUCGGCUGUAUCUCCCGUAUCCACGUCUUCAACGCAUUCGUCUUUUGUACAUGCACCUGAGAAAGGUGUGGCCAGUUUUGCGUUCACCCUGAACGAGCCAAUCAGAAGUAGGGAGGGAGAUCAACGGCGGCAAUCCACGGUUGGCAUCAUGGGAUUGGAGAAGUUUGGUAAAUCGUCCAGCAUGUUUAGGCGAAGGAGUAACACUUGGCCGGAAAGAGAGAGGAGAGGGAAUGAACUUAAGGUUUGUGUUAAAAAGAGCAUGAUAAUGGCCGAUCCUGUCGUUGAAGACGAGUCCAACUCUGUUAUGGUUUUAAGAGACAAUGCGUCUAACGCUGUGAAGACUUCUCCAAGUGGACCAGUUAAAAACAUCUGCUCUUAUCUGUCUCUGGGAUCAACCAUUAGCUUCUGUCUUCCCAAGCGUUACCACAGCGGCGUUUCGGAACUGGAAACCAAAGAGGAGAUGAUUUAUAAUAACCAAUCAGUACCUUCAUCCCCAACUCCAUUGGAUACCAAUACUGCACAUCAAAAACCACAUUCAAUGAUAGAGAUAGAACCAGUGAGUGAUGCAGAACUAUCUAAAGUUAACCGUCCGUCCAAUUGCGAUAUGAUUAAUAUGGAGGAUUUAGAAGAUGCAAUCAAUAAAGUUGACACCCAACACUUACAUGUGAUAUAUGACUACACAGACCCUGUGUUGAUGCAAAAGGGCGUCCUUUUAAACUCAACAACAUGUAAAGACCUCAAUAAUCACAAAUCAGCUAUGAACAGCAGUAAUGAUCCCAUCAGCCAACACAAAACCUCUCCUCAACUGGUUUGUGGCUCCCCUUCAGAUAGUCAAUGCAGUCUACCAAGUCUCUCUUUAUUUGGAUGUGGUCAUGAAUGCCGUAGUGUUCACACCAAAAUUAAAGACCUGAACAAUCAUUUAUACUACACGUCUAAAUAUGUGAAGAUAAACUCACCAAAUGUCCCACUGCAAGCUUUGUCUAAUGGUCUGCAGGGAGCCCGUAAUAGUGCUCGUAUCAUAAACUGUGGUUUGAGAGACUGCGCUGUGUGUUUUAGUGACAUGGUUAAAAAGGCUGAAGAUGUAGAAGUAACCUGUGCUGGAAAAUCUGACAGCGCAGAAGGCGUUCUUCAGCCGGGUCACUGGCUUUUCCAACAGGAAGAAGAAGAACUGGAAGAUAUAUGGAGAGGGAAAGUGGGAAAUUUAACAUCAAAUUGUACUCUGGAAACAAAUAUGGAUGACGAAACGGGGUUUUCAAUCACUGCCAGCAGAGGACAAGCAACUCUCCCUGUACAUGUAUGAUGGGUUAUUAGACAUGUCAACUUCUCACGUGGGCAAGAUGGAUUAUUGUGGACCCAGCCAUUUAGUCAGAGUUAUUUUGGACACCUGCUGUACAUUUUUAUGCUGUACAUGUAUUAUUUUAUUUGUUAUUGUAUUCUGUUUAGAGAAAUGAAUGCAAAAGGAUUCAAUGUGGUAAACUGAAUGCAAAUCUUCCAUUGUUGUGAUCAAUCUUCAUACAGUCAUAAAGUAUAGACUUAAACUAUGAGUCUGUACUCACACAGUGGGUUGAGGUGUGUCGCUUUUAAAGUGAAUGACACAAAAAACCCAAUUUGUUCCAGUAAUGACAAUGGUUUUGAUAUCCUAACAUAAGUAUUUGGUAUUAAACAUAUUACAUUAAAGAAAAAUAAUAAAUACGCUAUACUAAAAGAGACAAA